CCUCCCCCGCGCCUCCGCUAUCUGGGUUCAGAAGGAGGCGACCCCGGCGCCGGACUCGCUACCCGCGGCCUCCGGGACUGCUCUCCGCCCUCCGCCUUCCGCCCAGCCAGCACCGCCGGGCCCGGUUCCCGACCGCAGAGAGGACUGUGCGGCGGGCACAGAAACAAAAACCAAGAGAUGCUGCAUUCCACAAAAAAAGAACUGAUACUUGGCAUCCUGGUGGGCGCUGCUGGAAUUAGCUUGCUUCUGUGGUACCGCAAGGUCCGUAAACCCAGGAAAGCAAUGAAUUUUCCUAGUUUUUUUCCUCUGGGUGAUGCAUUUCAUCCGUUGACUUUGCAAGACGAAAUGCCUAAUGACCAUGGAACGGCGGCGAUCUUCCAAGGAAGGCAACUUCAGAUCCUGGAGAAGUUGAAUGAAUUACUCACCAGUAUGGAAGAACUCAGAGAGGAAAUCAGAUUUCUAAAAGAAACUAUGACAGAGCUGGAGGAGUAUGUACAAGAGGAGCUUGGAGGAAAGAUAAGUGUUCAUAGGAUAAGUCCUCAGCACAGAGCUAGGAAGAGAAAGCUUGCCACAGUGCAAAGUUCAGCCACAAGUUAUAGUUCAGAGGAAGCAGAAAGUGAAGGAGGCUGCUGCAAAGAGGAUCAGAGCUUCCAACCAAACUGUCCUGAAGAACAAGUCACUUCAGACCCCCUGCACAAUGCAGCCACGCUGUCUCUUGGCCUUAAGACACUUCAUCCUGCACUGCGGAGAAGGUCAUCUGCAGGAAAUAAAAGUUUUUUUUCCGCUCGAUCAACUACAUCUGUUUACUCACCUUUCUCUGGAAGAAGAUGCUCUUUAUUCCCUAAACUUCAAAAGAGCAAUUGUUUUCUUUCUCAGUCUCAAAGUAGAGCUAACUUUGAUUCUCAAGAACAAAGAUACUUGGAAGAUUUAAACCCUUCUACAACUGCAGCUCUUUUUCUCCCUAGACCCCGAGCAUAUUUCUCUUCCUUUAGGCUCAGUAUAAUUUCCUGCUACAAAAGUGAAACUUUUUUUGAUGCUCAGAGAAGUUUUCAGAACGUUUGUACUUGGAAUGAAAUGCAAACCUUUUCUGAAGACUCAGGUACUGCUGGUGCUGAAAAAUAUAGAAAACUAUCUGCUCCUGAAUAUUACAGUAAACAUUUUAUAAAUCUCGGAACAAGACACACUUCUUCAGUCCGUAGGAACACUGUUGAUGCAGCUACCCAUCGCCGACCAUCAGCGACUUCCGUUUCUCAUCCAAGUGUUUCCUCUUCCUGUCAAAAAAAUGGGAUUGCCACUGAUAUUCAUGACAGACACCAAUUAAAGAAAGAUUUGAAAAAUUCCAUUCCUUCUGGUUCUCAAAGUCCAAAUCAUUCUCCAGCAACAACUCACCAACAUCCCUACCAAAGUGUAACUUUUAAUCACCUCUCUAAUGCUGGAUUUCCUUCAGUUUUUAAGAAUGCUGCUUGCUUUAUCCCAUCUGAAAGUGAAGUUACCUCAGGCUCCUUUGAAGAUGAAAACGUUUCUGAUGCAUAUCAUGAAGACAAAUCUUCAGCUACUGAAAGUCCUAAAAUAAGGUAUAUUACAGCUAAUACUGACACAGAAGAACAGAGUUUUCCUGUCCCUCAGGCAUUUAAUGCACAUAUAGAGGAAUUAAAUUUAGACAUCCUUCUACAGAAGGCAGAUCAUUUACGUGAGAGUGAGUCUGGAAAGAUGGACAGUUUUGAACUACUGUGUGACCACAAAGAAAAGUUUAGAGAUGAAAUAGAGUUUAUUUGGCGGUUUGCUCGUGCUCAUGGAGACAUGUAUGAGCUAUCUACAAAUACACAGGAAAAGAAACAUUAUGCUAAUCUUGGGAAAACAUUAGGGGAAAGAGCUAUUAAUAGAGCACCUAUGAAUGGAUAUUGUCAUCUGUGGUACGCAGUGUUGUGUGGCCAUGUAUCUGAAUUUGAGGGCUUACAAAACAGAAUCAACUAUGGACAUCGCUUCAAGGAACAUCUAGAUAAAGCACUAGAACUUUUACCCAAAGAACCUUUUUUGUAUUACCUCAAGGGAAGAUACUGUUACACCGUCUCAAAACUAAGCUGGAUUGAGAAAAAAAUGGCUGCCACCCUGUUUGGAAAGAUACCAUCCUCAACUGUAGAAGAAGCUUUGCAAAAUUUCCUCAAGGCUGAAGAAUUACACCCUGGUUUUUCCAAGUCCAAUUACAUGUACUUGGCAAAGUGUUAUAUUGAUCUUGAGCAAAAAGAAGAUGCUUUGAAAAUCUGUAAUUUGGCAUUGUUGCUUAAUGCUGUUACCAAAGAGGAGACAUCCAGUGCUGGCAAUGGCGCCACGAGAUGGAACAUUCUCAUGCCCCAUCUGCUAACUGCAGAAUCACCUACUCAAGAAGACUUCUGGCAGUGGCUCAACAGAACAUCACCACCAUGUGCUGAAGCAAGGCAGAAGGUCCUCAUGAGGUUGAGUCCUUCCCAUCUAUGUCUGCCCAUGGAUAUGUAAACUCUCACCCUGCCUCUGCCAGAAAGAACAUCU